UGACAUUAAAUUUUUUUUUAAAGAGACUAUACACAGUGAUACACGAAAGACAAUAUACAGUGACACAAAAAACAACCACAACAAGGAGAAUUUUGGAGCCAGCAGUAGGACGGACACACGCAGCACAACAACAACAACAACAACCGAGACCCAAAACCCAAGAUCAAAAUAUGGCCGCUUACUUGCCCAACCAGGACUGCCGUCUGGACGAUCGCAACCGUAGCCCAGACUCACCUGCCCGUCCAACAGCAAGAAGCGCCAAUCGACCCAUACGGCCAAUCCAUCGUCCCAGUUCCACAUCCCCUGAAAGACGUCAACGAAGCCGAUCCGACGCAAGACCCCGCCAACGCCAAGAAAGACCUAGCUACUGGCAAUACUCAUGUGGACUAUGCCAAGAAGACCAUGCCCUCAGUGCCUGUGAGAGGUUCCGCCGGCAGACGCCCUUCCAGCGAUAUGAGACCGUGGAGCGUCGGGGGUAUUGCCGAAAUUGCCUGGCGAGAAGUCAUUUGGCCCCCGACUGCCCGUCUUUAACUGGUUGCCGGAGAUGCAACGACCGGCACCAUACCCUAUUGCACGGGGCGUCUCAAUUGGAGGAGGUAUCCCUAAAUAUAGAAGCCGUCACCACCCCAGCUUUCGAGUGGGACUUAGUAUUUGUACCGACGGCUAUGGUACGCAUAACGGCCGAGGGUAUGGAGGGUUUCAGCAUGUUGCGGGCCAUAGUUAGCCAAUCGGCGACGAUGUCCCAGAUCUCAUAUGCAGCUUUCCGUCGCCUGGGUCUGCAGUCGCGGAGCUACAAAGGGGAGCGAUUCACAACCUUCACAGUUUCGCCCCGCCGCACGAACAGUACUUGGAGUCUGAAGGUAAAUGCCGUAAUUAUCGAAGAUCUCCCAAGACGCAUUUACUCGGACCCAAUACUUGAAGACCCCACUAGAUGCUUCACGAGCUACGCCUUAGCUGACCCUGAUCCCAGAGGAAAUAGUCCGAUCGAUGUGGAACUGGGAGCGGACACGUACUCCGCCAUAAGGAAAGAUGGGUGUACAGCAGCUGGAAUUGGAGAUGUCCUGGCCUACAACACACAACUGGGCUACGUGUUUGCUGGGCCAAUCAAGAACAUGCCGAGGAACUGAAGACCGAAGAUCCUUAUGGUAUAUUAGAAAUGAAUACUUACACUUGUCAUUCGGGGCCCAGAAAAUGU